AUGACAUCCAGCAAAGAGGUCAGGUCAGGUCAGAUUUUUUUCGAUGCAUGCACCCUCAACCCAGCGGCACCGUAUUGGAGCCAGCUCCUGUUCCCGUCAACAUCUCUUUCAGAUCGUGAACCGAACUGCAAAAAAGAAGACAAAUCCGGAACCGGGAAUAUCGGGCGCAAGCCUCGAACCCGAGUACUACUUCAAGACUUCCGGAUCUCGGGCCUUACGUCCGAGGAUCCAUCCCAAGCAAUAGAGAAGAGUUGUAUGAAGGCGGAGGUGGACAAUGUCACAGUGUGGUACACUAACGCCUGCAGUGUUAGGGGAAAAUGGGGAGAGUUGGCAACGCGCACCCAAAACUCGGUGAUAAUAGCCAUCACUGAAACUUGGAUGCGACAUGAGCAAGACGUAGAGAAGCCCAGAGACUACUCGGCUUAUAGGCAAGAUAGAGUGAACGGCAGACAAGGCGGAGGAGUAUUCCUGCUGGUCAAAGCCGCUUACACUCAAUGGGACUCACCAGUAAAACUGGCAACACCUAAUAUUCAAGCCAGGGUGUGUAGUAUCCUCUUGGGAAGACGACCGUUAGGAGUGCUAAUAGUCUAUCGCGCACCCCAGGCGGAACCCACAGAAGUUAUGGAACUACUUGCUACAUUGCAGGAAUUUAUAUCGAAGACCCAAAGGAUCUUAAUUCUGGGUGAUUUCAAUCUUCCGGAGAUCUGUUGGGUAGAUGGAGAGGCUCCCGUCGGGACAAAGGGAGAAAGCUUUCUAACAUGGCUAUAUGAGCAUGCGCUCAUUCAGCAUAUCAUGCGGGCCACGAGGUUUCGUAACCAACAGAGGGCCUCCGCCCUGGACUUAGUUAAAACGCGGUAUUUAUCGGACACAAGUGAGGUAGCAGUGGAGAAUCCACUGGGAUUAAAAUUUGUAUUCAUAAAGCUUCCGAAGGUAGUCAUCAACUACGAGGACUAUCAAAGAUUCUGUCCUCCUCCCGCUCAUUUCGCGCUCGAUUACCCAUUUUGCCGCUAUAAAUCUCGGCGUCAACAGCAUGGAUGCAGACUGUUGUGCGGCUGUGCUGUUGGAUGA